AUGUCUGGGGCGCAGCAUUCGCCCCCAUCGAGCGUGCGGGACUUGGGCGCAGACUACACCCGCUACUUCAAUCCUUUCUCGGACAGCAAGGGAGGCUCUUUCGCGGAUGGCACUGCUUCACGGCCUCGCUCUCCAGCAAGCACACCUGGACUAGGCUCGAAUCCAUUCAACACGCCCCGAGCCUCCACUACAAAGCUCAACAUUCAGAAUGACCCCGAAAAGGCAACCGGUGCUGCGGUGCCCCUUCUAUUCAUGGAUGAUCGUUUGGGCGCGCCAUACUCGGAGAAAGCGGGUUACGUAUAUCCAUCGGUGGACGAACCGGAGACUGACGAUGACAUGCAUCUCCCGCGGCCAGACGACGAUAUCACAUUCAAGGUACCCUGGAAAGAUCAUUUCAACCGCGAGAACAUCGUCUCAACCUUGGGUAUGACUUUUAUGAUCAUCGGCUUGUUGUUUGUCUUCGUUGCGCUUCCCGUCAUGAGUUCCAUGGGCGUUAUUUCGUACAACUCAGACCAGACCCCUCUUAAUCAGAUGGGAUACGGCAAAGAGCAGCGCGAGGAGUGGGCCAUUGUAAAUAAUCUCACCUAUUCGCUGCUGAAGAAUGUCAGGACGGGCCUGAUAGACCCGGCGACGCCAGAUCGUGCCAAGACCAGGAAGAGCCUCGAUGGAGAGGAGCUCGAGCUCGUGUUUAGUGACGAGUUUAACGACAACAAUCGUACGUUCUACGAGGGUGACGACCCUUACUGGUAUGCUCCUGACAUCUGGUAUGGAGCUACCGUCGAUCUGGACUGGUACGACCCGGACGCGGUCACGACGUGGGACGGCACGCUUGAGAUGAGGCUAGAUAAGUUCAUAAACCACGGAGUAGGGUAUCGAUCGGGCAUGCUCAAUAGCUGGAACCACCUCUGCUUCAAAGGUGGCAUUUUCGAGGUGUCAGUAUCGCUGCCCGGGCCUGCAGGUGUCAUGGGCCUGUGGCCGGGCGCGUGGACGAUGGGCAACCUUGGAAGGCCUGGUUACCUGGCCACAACUGAAGGGUUGUGGCCUUACACGUAUGACUCCUGCGACGCGGGAAUCACGCCCAAUCAAUCCAGUUCCGACGGGCUGUCGCGUCUGCCAGGUCAACGGCUCCCCUCUUGCACUUGCCCUAACGAAGACCACCCAACUCCGGGCACGGGGCGUGGCGCGCCAGAGAUCGACAUCUUGGAAGCGGGUGCCAGCUACGCAGGAAUGCCCAUCAUCACGCAAUCGUAUCAAGUUGCCCCAUUUGACAUAUGGUACUAUCCUGACUACGAGUUCACGGAAUACCCUGACUACAGUAUAAGCUACCCUAAUGGCUAUACCGGGGGUCCGUUUCAACAAGCGUUAUCUGCCACCACUAAUCUUAAUCAUGACUGGUACGACGGCAAGGCAUAUCAGAAGUAUGCAUUCGAGUACGUGCCCGGAGAGGGUGAAGACGCGUACAUUGCGUGGUAUGUGGGCGAUCAGAUGACAUGGAGGUUGGAUGGUCGAGCGAUCGGCCCUAAUGGCAAUGUCCAGAGUCGCCAGGUUUCGCAAGAGCCGAUGUCUCUGGUGUUGAACAUGGGGUUUAGUACUGCCUGGACAUUCAUUGACUUUGCGAAGCUCGUCUUCCCGGCGGUAAUGCGGGUCGACUAUGUGCGGUGGUAUCAGAAGCCAGGGAACUACUCAGUAACAUGCGAUCCGCCCGGGUGGGAAACGACGCAGUACAUCAAGGACCACAUGAAUGCAUACACGAACCCGAAUUUCACAAAAUGGGACCAGACCGGGCAUGCAUGGCCCAAGCACAAACUCAACAGCGAUUGCUGA